GACGGACGGACGGACGGACACUCGGGCUCCGGGACCGGCCCAGCCCGACGUCGGGCCGCUGCCCAGCCCGGACCCCCCCGGACCCUCCCGGACCCCGCCAGCGGCGGCCGGAGAAGAUGGUGGACCACCUGGCCAACACGGAGAUCAACAGCCAGCGCAUCGCGGCCGUGGAGCACUGCUUCGGGGCCUCGGGGCAGCCGCUGGCCCUGCCGGGCCGGGUGCUGCUCGGGGAAGGCAUCCUGACCAAGGAGUGCCGCAAGAAGGCCAAGCCCCGCAUCUUCUUCCUCUUCAACGACAUCCUGGUCUACGGCAGCAUCGUCCUCAGCAAGCGCAAGUACAACGGCCAACGCAUCAUCCCGCUGGAGGAGGUCACGCUGGAGGUCCUGCCCGAGACGUCCGAGACCAAGAACCGCUGGCUCAUCAAGACGUCCAAGAAGUCGUUCGCCGUGUCGGCCGCCUCGCCCACGGAGCGCCGGGAGUGGAUCGGCCACAUCGAGGAGUGCGUCCGCCGGCAGCUGAGCGCCACGGGGGGCCGGCCCAGCGCGGAGCACGCGGCCCCCUGGGUCCCCGACAAGGCCACGGACACCUGCAUGCGCUGCGUCCGGACCAAGUUCUCCGCCCUGACGCGGCGUCACCACUGCCGCAAGUGCGGCUUCGUGGUGUGCGGGGACUGCUCCCGCCACCGCUUCCUCAUGCCUCGCCUCUCCCCCAAGCCGCUCCGCGUCUGCGGGCCCUGCUACCGCCAGCUGGCUGCCGAGGGCCGGGAGGAGGCCCGGGCCGCGGCCGGGGGGCGGGCGGCCCGGCUCCGCUCCGACGGGGCCGCCCCCGGCGCCUCCAGCGACGACGACGACGACGACGACGACGAGAGCGACAAGUCGGACGAGGACGGGGAAGCGGGCCCGGCCAGGGAGUGGCCGGCCGAGACCGAGUUCUACGCCUCCGGGGCCUCGUGGUCGUCCUUCCACAGCUGACCCCGUGGCCGGCCCGCCCGCCGGACGCUCCCUCCGCCCCUGGUCUCUCUGGAGAGGCGCCCCGGAGCCCGGCCGCGUGGAGGCCGAAGGGCGGAGGGGGGGGUCGUCCGUACCCGAGCCGGGCCUCGGCCUCCCGAAGCCCUCCCUCGGAGACCUCUGGGCCGAAGCCGGGGUUGCUCCACCAGAGAACAGAAGCCCAGGCUGGCCGAGAGGCCCGGUGUCCCGCGGCCGGCCGGACGCACCACCUCGGUGACCCCUCCUCGGCUGCAGCGGACGACGGCCCCGGGAGCCAGCCGGCCCGGCGGAGAGCGAGGCAGCGGAGGUGGACCGAGUCGAGCGGGCCCUCCUGGCCGGGGUCCGGGCCCGCCCGGCAAGCCCGGCCUGAGGGGAGCCGGGCCUGGGACCCAGGGAAACCGAGCCUGUCCGGAAACCCGAGCCCGGUCCGCCCCGAUCCCCGACUUCCCGGAAUCCCAUCCCAGCCUCGCUCAAAGAGGGACCCGGGGCUGGGAUUUUGAGCCGCCGAAACUGCAGCCGGAAUUCAUUUCGACGGGGAUCGUGCUGUUAAGAAGCCGCAGCCGGAGAGCGGCCAAAUGGGCCCUUUAAAAUCCUUUCCGCUCGGCCUAUUCCUACGCCUCGCCGUCGGAGGAACAGCAGCCUAUUUGAACCAUGCGCUGCAGUAGACCGAGACCUUGCUGAGGGUCUGUGACUGGGGGGAAGGGAAGAGGGCGUAUAUUGUACCCUUUGUACGUCGCCCUGCUAGGUGGGGGAAGGUGGGGAAGGGGGAGUGGACUGCUAACUCCCCUUGUGUUGCAGUAGCCAAAAUGUUCACCCUGAAAGCUCCUAUUGUAAUAAUAUUAUUCAUAGUUGUUUUCCUCUUCACUGUGGUCCUUUCCUUCUUUCGCUGCCAUCUGCAAAGUGGAGGUGUGUGAGACUCUCAUAUCUGGGGGCCAGGAGGAACUGGGUCAUUUCCUUUUAAAGAAAAGUUUCUCCUCCCUCCCCACACCCACUCUAUCCUCUCCCUCCUCCUCCUUCUCCUUCCUGGGUUUGAGGCUGGUUUGUUUUUUUUUAAUUUGUUGGAAAAGAAAAGGGAAAAUCUGCCUCUUUCUCUCGGCUGCUGCCGUUGUACAAUUCUGAAGAUUAAAAGUUGUUCCUGGAA